AUGGACGAUGCGUUAUUUGAACCCAAUCCUCGAUUACAACGGAAAGCAUUAUUUACGGCAUGUGCAUUACUUAAUAUUACCGAUGGAAAAACAAAAAUUAGUAUCAUCAACGCCACGAAUCGACGACAAACACUUUCCGAAGGUACACGGAUAGGUAUGGUGACUCAGAUGGCACAGACAGUCAGUCUCAUCAUGCCAUCCAACUCAACAACAAAACGCAUUUCAAAUGGGAAAGCGUGUAAACAGCUCAUCUCGAAAGGGAAAGUAGCGGGUGACACAAAUCUACAAGCAUCAACAGUAGAUGAAGACGACAAGAAAUGUCGAAAUUGUGCACAACGAUUCGCUACGCGAAAUGAUUUAUUUCACCAUCUACGCGAACGAUGUUACCCAGACGAGAUACGUGAACAGAUUCGAGAAUUAACCACACAUAUUUCUGACAAUGAACAACGGAAUCGAAUAGCAAAUGUCCUAUGGAAGUAUGGAAACUUGUUCGAUCUCCGAAAAUCAUCAAAGAUCAACAUCAUUCUGAAGGAUGCGAUCGAUACUGGCACACAUAGACCAUUACAUACACCACCUUACCGAAAAUCUAAUCGAGACCAAGAAAUGCUACGGGAAGAAACACAAAAAUUAUUGAAAAAUGACAUCAUCGAACAUUCAACAUCUCCAUGGUCGUCACCAGUCAUAUUGGUACAGAAGAAAGAUCGAACCACAAGAUUUUGUGUGGAUUAUCGACGACUCAAUCAAAUUACCACCAAGGAUGCAUUUCCAUUACCAAGAAUGGAUGAUAUCUAUGAUCAAUUGACAAAAGCGACAUACUUCAGCAAAUUCGAUUUCAAAUCGGGUUAUUUUCAAGUACCAUUAGACGAAGCAGAUCGACCGAAAACAGCAUUUUCAACUCGAGAUGGUCAUUUUCAGUUCAAAGUGUUACCUCAAGGACUCACAAAUGGACCACCGACAUUUCAACGCAUCGUCAAUCAAAUUCUUGGCCCGAACCGCUGGAAACAUAUGUUGGCUUACAUCGACGACAUCAUCAUAUAUUCCCGAACAUUCCCCGAACACGUUCAACACAUCGAAGAAGUAUGUUCACUAUUGGACGACGCUAACUUCAAAUUGAACAUCACGAAAUGUGAAAUUGCACGAACGGAAAUCCUAUUUCUUGGACACAUCGUCAAACAAGGAACGAUUCAACCAGAUCCCGAAAAUAUUCGUGGUCUCACAGGUGUUCGUGAACCAACAUCAGCUGAAGAAGCAUUUCGGUUCGUCAAAGCAGCUGAAUAUUAUCGGAAGUUCAUCCCGAAAUUUUCAUUUAUCGCUGCACCACUUCACAAAUAUUCACCAACAACCUUACAACAACAAAAAGGAAACAAGAAAAUCAAAUUUGAAUUAUCGGACGAAGCACGAGCAGCAUUCCACCAACUGAAGCACAUCUUAACAACAGACCUGACGCUCAAUUUACCUGACGACAAUAUGCCGUUCAAAUUACAAACCGAUGCAUCAGUCGAUGGAAUUGGUGCGGUCCUGUUACAAAUUACACCAAAUGGCGAUCGACCACUAGCAUACAUGUCGAAGAAAUUAACCAAAGCACAAGUGAAUUGGCCCACAAUUGAACAAGAAUGUUACGCAAUUGUUCAAGCCGUUGAAAAGUGGGACAAAUAUUUACGUGGCCAUGAAUUUACAUUGGAAACAGACCACGAACCAUUAGUUAACCUUCCGAACAAGGAACAAUUGAACAAACGGUGUGAACGUUGGAGACUACGCUUAGCCGAAUAUCGCUUCAAAGUGAAACACAUCCAAGGUAAGAAAAAUAACAUGGCUGAUUAUCUAUCUAGAUCACCGGUGGAAGAUGCACAAGAAGACAAGGAUGAUCGAAUUAGUUACGAAACCAAAGAAACGCAAACGGAAUCAUCGCGAUCAACCACCAUCGGAAUGAAUCAAACAAUGAAGAUGAUAACAGCUGUCACACGAGCUCAAGCAAAAUUACAAAAACAAAAUGAGCUCAUCCCUGACGGGAAAGAAGCGAAAGAUCUGCCGAACGAAGAUUCGAAUAGGAUUGUUCCAUUUGACUUGGACGACUUGAAAAGAGCACAAGAAGAUGAUGACACAGUGAAACAAAUAAAAACUGAUAUAAAACACCAAAAACAAUAUGUUCUGGAGGAUGGAUUACUGUUGCGGAAACAAAAACCACCACUUCCAUCAGUACCAUUUGUACCACAAGGAAGAAUACGCGCCGACAUCCUGAAGAUCUAUCAUGAUACUCCAGGAAAUGGUGCUCAUUUUGGUCGCGACAGAACGAUAAGAAGAAUACAAGAACGAUAUUACUGGCCAAAGAUGGUAUCGGAUAUUGAAAAUCACAUUAAAUCAUGUUUACCAUGUGCUCAAAACAACCACCGUCGCCAAAAACCGCCAGGAAAAUUACAACCAAUAUCACCACCAGAUGGAAUAUGGAAAUUACUUAGCAUGGACUUCCAUGGACCGAUAACACCAACAUCACGACAUGGAAAUCGAUACAUUAUAUCGCUAACUGAUGUCCUGUCGAAAUUCGUCAUCGCAAAAGCAGUCAAGGAUUGUUCAGCGACAACAACGGUGAAUUUUAUUACUAAUGAUGUUAUCCUGAAGUAUGGAACACCAACAUGCAUAUUAACCGACAACGGUACUCACUUCACCGCUCAAAUGACGAACGAUUUAUUCCAAAAACUUGGAGUUACCCACCUAUACACAACAGCAUACCAUCCACAGACAAAUGGACAAAUCGAAAGAUUCAAUGCGACCGUGGAUGGCAAAAUAGCAAGCCUGUGCAAUGAAAAACGCACGGACUGGGACGAAGUAUUACAAUUCGUCACGUUCAAUUAUAACACGUCUGUCCAUGCAACGACAAAACUCACACCAUUCGAAAUGAUGCAUGGGCGACAAGCAACACUUCCAUUUGACCAACAACAAGCACUUAUUUCACUCACACAAGACGUGGAACAAGGGAAGAAACUCCAAAAUUAUCUUGAAAAAUUAACGAAUGAAGCAAGGAAGAAUAUUCAACGAGCGCAACAACGAUACAAAACACGAUAUGAUCAACAUCGGCAAGAAUUAUCAUUGAAAGUCAACGAUUUAGUUCUGAUCAAAACAAGAAAUAUGCGGAGCAAAUUCGAUAUUCGAUAUGAAGGUCCAUUCAGAAUCACGGAACAGUUAGGAAGAAAAACAUUCAUUGUACAACACGUGAAGAAGACAACCUUAAUGAAACAAGUUACAAUGGAUAUCAUCGUUCCAUUAGUCGAACGAUGGAACUUAAAUAACUAA